AUGAAGAUGUCCUUUGUGAAUGUUUUCCUGCUCUGCUCUUUAUGUGCGGCAAAGUUAAGUGAAGUCUCUCAGCCUGAAUCUUUGAAAACAGUGAAGAUUGGCGACUCAGCUACUAUUAAAUGCUUCAUAAAGAGCGCAUCGACCAAAACCGUGUGGUACAAGGUGACUACAGGGAGGAAACUACAGCUGGUGGUAAAAACUAAUUCUCAGUAUAAUGUGAGAGAGUUCAGUGAUGAAUUUGUUAACCGUUCUUCAGUUAAAUUUGACAUGACUAACAAUCAUCUAACCAUAAAUAAAACAUCAUGGGAAGAUGUUGGAACAUACUUCUGUGGAGUCUUACACAUAAGUGAUGUUCAGUUUGGGUCAGGAACAUUUCUGAUGUUGACAGGUGCAAAGACAAUCAGCGACUCUGUCGUCCAGCAGCCAGAAUCAAAGUCAGUGAGGUCCGGAGACUCUGUGACUCUCAGCUGUUCUGUUCACUCUGCUCAAUGCACAGCAGAACUCACUAGUUUCAUGUGGCUGAAAAACUCGGAUCAUUCUGCUCCAGAGAUGAUUUAUUGCUCUGACAAUAAGAACAACAUCUCCCAGAGAACUGACAGAGGACGAACUACCUGCGAGUACAACUUUGUUGUCAGGAGCCGGGAUGACGCUGGGGUCUACUACUGUGCCGUCAAUGCAUGUGGACAAAUACUGCUUGGAAAUGGGACAACAAUCAAUAAUGCAGACACUGAAAUCAUAUCACUGAGUCCGACUGUUAUUGCACUGAUGCUGUCAAACAUGGUUCUUGGAACUGUGAUGCUCCUCCUUGUAGUGACAUUUUGCAAGACAAGAAUGAAAAAAUCUGCAGAAGCGGCCGAUGAAGGCGAUCAGACUGGUGAUGCAGUCAUCUAUACAUCUGUGAGUUUGGCUCACAGUAGUAUCAGGCCCAGACAACCUACAGUAAAAGCCAAUGGCGACGCUGUAAUUUACUCUACACUCAAACCCUGA